AUGAGCGCGCUCCCGGAGCGAGGCGCGCUCCCCCUACUGCCGCCGCCCAGAUCCAAGGGAAAGGCAAGGGUAGCGCGCGUGUACGCAGCAGCUGCUGCUGCAGUCCUUGCUUGCCGCCUCAUUUUUGAUGAUGAAGAAGAAAGCAAGUUGACAUAUACAGAAAUUCAUCAAGAAUACAAAGAACUGGUUGAAAAACUCUUAGAAAGUUAUCUAAAAGAAAUUGGAAUUAAUGAAGAUCAGUUUCAAGAAGCAUGUACUUCUCCUCUUGCAAAGUCCCGGACAUCACAGGCCAUCUUACAACCAGUGUUGGCAGCAGAAGAUUUCAGUAUAUUUAAAGCAAUGAUGGUCCAGAAGAAUAUAGAAAUGCAGUUGCAAGCAAUUCGAAUAAUUCAAGAGAGAAAUGGUGUAUUACCUGACUGUUUAACAGAUGGUUCCGAUAUGGUCAGUGAACUAGAACAAGAAGAAAUGAAAAUCCUAAGGGAAGUUCUUAGAAAAUCAAAAGAAGAAUAUGAGCAAGAAGAAGAAAGGAAGAGAAAUAAACAGUUUUCAGAUUCUAAAAGAGAAGAUACCUCAGAAUAUUCAAACGAAGCUGCAAAAAUGAAAAAAUCUCUAGGAGAUGCUCCAAAUUUCGAUCUAACAUCUUCAGAGGGAAAAGCUCAUUUUCCUGGGAGAUCACUACAACCUUCAAGAAGAAAUUUGGAAAUAUCACCUGAAACCUCCUCUCCCAAAAUGAAGGGAGACACUGUGACAGCUAGUUUGGAACAGGCGAUCAAAGAAGGAGGACCAUUAUCAAAUUUAUCAGGACUUGGAAGAGAACAGCUUCGGCAACGAGAAGACUAUCUAAAGCAGAAGAGGGAUAAACUGAUGUCUAUGAAAAAGGACCCUCGGAUCAAACAAAUACACACUUUAGAACAGCAGAAAGGAAAAUCUGCUGAGGAGGAAAUUGCAGAGAAGCCAGAAAUGACAGCAGAGGAGAAGCAAACAUUACUAAAGAGGAGAUUGAUUGCAGAGAAGCUUAAAGAAGAAGUUAUUAAUAAGUGAUAAUUUUAAGAAACUUAAUUUAGUAUAACAUAGAAGUUUGAAUUUCUUUAAAAUAAAUUAUUAAAUCCUUAAAACUAAGCUU